AUGACACCCAUCAUCUCUCGAUCCCUCAUUCCCUCGUGUUCCUCAACCCUCGCCAGCUCUUCUCGCCUCUUUACUCGCUCACUAGCCUCUCACGCUUAUAUGCCCCCUUCCCCUACAUCAUCAUCCUCGCCGGCUUCAUCUCUACCUAUCGAAGCUACCACGACGACCCCCACGGAUCUUACGGACGAACAGAGGCAGUUGAUCGACUCGAUCAUCCGUGUGGAUCAGGCUGGGGAACUGGGGGCAAAUUGGAUAUACAGGGGUCAGAAAUGGGCUAUGGAUGUGAAAGGCGACAAGGAGACGGGUAAACAGGUUGAGGAAAUGUGGGAGAACGAACGACAUCAUCUGACGAUCCUCUCCCACCUCCAAACUCAACAUCGAGCUAGACCCACGGUGUUAUACCCUCUAUGGCAAGCUUUGGCUUUUGGUCUAGGAGCAAGUACGGGCUUACUGUCGAAGGAGGCCGCUAUGGCUUGUACCGAGGCGGUGGAAACUGUUAUAGGUGAACAUUACGAUGACCAGCUUAAAGCUCUUCAACCGCUCCUCAACCCCACCGACCCAUCUUCUCCAGCACCUCAUCCCUCACUCCCACUGAUGGCUGACAUCCUCAAAGAAUUCAGAGACGACGAAUUGGAACAUCUCGAUUUCGCCGUUGAGGAAGGUGCUCAGAAAGCACCUGGGCACAGUCUCUUAUCUGCCAUCAUAGGUGUAGGAUGUAAAGUAGCGAUCAAAGUCUGCGAGAAGGUUUGA